AGCGGGGCCGCGCGGCGCUAGUACUUCAGUCGCUGCUGCCAGGCGCGGGAGCUUGUCACCUUCCUGCGGCCGGGCCUCAGACCUCUGCCCCUGGAGUCACUCUCCUCCCGGCGGUGUCCCCAGGGGUCAUCGCCCGGUCUGCCCGCCGUUUCCCGGCCCCGACGGGCCCGGCAGGCCGCGGCGGAGGAAGUCAGCAUGACCGCGGGUUUCCUGAGGGCCGGCGCGGGGCAGGGGGCGGCGGCCGCAGUGCAGCUGCUGGUCACCCUGAGCCUCCUCGCGAGUGUCGUCGAGACCCAGGUGACUGGAGUCCUGGAUGAUUGCUUGUGUGACAUUGACAGUAUUGAUAACUUCAAUACUUACAAAAUCUUCCCCAAAAUAAAAAAGUUACAAGAGCGAGAUUACUUUCGCUAUUACAAGGUUAAUCUGAAGCGACCAUGUCCAUUCUGGGCAGAAGAUGGCCACUGCUCAAUAAAGGACUGUCAUGUGGAGCCCUGUCCAGAGAGCAAAAUUCCAGUGGGAAUUAAAGCCAGCCAUUCUAAUAAGUACUUGAAGGUGGCAAAUAACACCAAAGAACUAGAAGACUGUGAGCAAGCUAGUAAGCUGGGAGCCGUCAACAGCACAUUAAGUAAUCAAAGCAAAGAAGCUUUCAUUGAUUGGGCAAGAUACGACGAUUCACAGGAUCACUUCUGUGAACUUGAUGAUGAGAGGUCUCCUGCUGCACAGUACGUGGACCUCUUGCUGAACCCAGAGCGCUACACUGGCUACAAGGGCUCCUCAGCAUGGAGGGUGUGGAACAGCAUCUAUGAAGAAAACUGCUUCAAGCCUCGAUCUGUAUAUCGGCCUUUGAAUCCCUUGGCACCCAGCCGAGGUGAAGAUAAUGGAGAAUCAUUCUAUACAUGGCUAGAAGGUUUGUGUCUGGAGAAGAGAGUCUUCUAUAAACUGAUAUCAGGACUUCAUGCCAGCAUUAAUUUACAUCUGUGUGCAAAUUAUCUUCUAGAAGAAACCUGGGGUAAACCUAGUUGGGGGCCUAAUAUCAAAGAAUUUAAACGCCGCUUUGACCCUGUGGAAACCAAAGGGGAAGGUCCAAGAAGGCUGAAGAAUCUGUACUUCUUAUACUUGAUUGAGCUUCGUGCUUUGUCAAAGGUGGCCCCUUAUUUUGAGCGAUCAAUUGUCGAUCUUUACACUGGAAAUGGAGAAGAUGAUGCAGACACCAAGACCCUUCUGCUAAGCAUCUUUCAGGAUACGAAGUCCUUUCCCAUGCACUUUGAUGAGAAAUCCAUGUUUGCAGGUGACAAAAAGGGGGCCAAGUCAUUAAAGGAGGAAUUCCGGAUACAUUUCAAGAAUAUCUCCCGUAUUAUGGAUUGUGUUGGAUGUGACAAGUGCAGGCUGUGGGGGAAAUUACAGACUCAGGGUUUAGGAACUGCCUUGAAGAUACUCUUUUCUGAAAAAGAAAUCCAAAAACUCCCGGAGAACAGUCCAUCUAAAGGCUUCCAGCUCACUCGGCAGGAAAUAGUUGCUCUUUUAAAUGCUUUUGGAAGGCUUUCUACAAGUAUAAGAGAAUUACAGAACUUUAAAGUCUUAUUACAACACAGUAGUUGUCAAACUUUAAACAACUAUCUCCAUCCUGAGAAGACUGUUUAGUCUGCUGUAGAACCAGAACUCCAGAACCGGUGUUGCCUAGGGCUGGUCUGUGUGACAGAAAUUUGUCAGUGACUGGCAUAGUGUGUCACCUUGUAGAAUACAAGGCUCUCAGUGCAGUGAAUGAUCCUUUCAGUGAAUAGUGACAGAGGUUCUGGAAGAUUCUCCAGGAUUUUUCAUUGCUCUUGCUAUUUGGCUUUGGUCUGAAAGGCCUGCCUAGGUGGAAGUAGAUAUGUGCUUUCCACAUGCUCACUAGACAGAUGUCUUCUAUGCAUAAGGCUGGCCCAAGGGCAUUCUUAACUAGAGCCCAAAGCUUCCCUCUGACUUCCCCUUUGUUCCUCUCCUAAUUGUAGACAUUUUCAGUUACUUUAUGGGGGCGGGGGAAACAGCUAUUUAUUUAAUGGACUACUUCUUAAUGAAAUUUGGAUGGGAUUAUAUGGAUUUAUAAUGCUAAUUAAAAGCAUUAUGUAUGCAGACCUUGCUGUUUUAAAGUAAGCAUUUUUAAAAGGAUUUAAAUUUGAAUAGAAUCUAUGCAAUCCUCUACCUCUCCAUGUGAUUGUCUCUAUACCUCCUCUCCAUCUCCAGUUCAUCCCAUGUGGUGGUCCUUUUUGUGAUUCAGAGCAGGGGUAGACUCACAGGCCUAGACUGUCAUUUUCUAAACUUAGGAUUUAAAGACUUUACACACUAUUAAAAAGUCUUGGUUCUUUUAAAGGUAGUAGUGAAUGUAAUGGGAUUGCUUGAAAGGUUUUGUCUGUGUGGAAGUAAUGCAAAAACAAAGUCUAGCUUCUCCUUAAACUUCUGUCUUUUCUGAAGUAAAUAAUAAGUGCUCUUAAACCCACGUCUUAUCCUGCCAAAGCCUGCCAGUUUCAUGGCUUACUUCAAAGUCUAUUUCAUUGUUUCACUCCUCUCUUAAAAAUAUCAUCCAUCUGCUAGAGGGGUGUAGCGGGAGGACUGAGAUCUCAUUAGUUAUUUACUUCGUCUUCUGAUUUCUACCCUUCUUAAAUGUGGGAUUUUGUUCAUGUUGGCGGUAGGUUUUGUAGAUUGAAUUUUUAAAAGCUAGCUUUCAGGAUUCCUCCUUUUCUUUGCUGUUUUAGGGUUGCAGUUAUUAUGUCAUGUGGGAGUGUGACCUAAAGGCACAUAGUAAGAGCUAUUCUUAGUGUUCAUUCAGAAUUUAGGAAAAUGUGAAAAAUUUGCACUUUGUCUAUUUUUAUUAGAAAUUGAAAGAUCUUUUUGCUAGUGUCAUUUUGCCAUUCCUGCCACUGAAGGCUAGUGCUUAAAACUACUUAUUAGAGAAAACCCUUGGUCAUUUCCGUUUGUUGAAUGUUUCUUCACUGUGAUUUGUUUCAAGCUUAGGAAACAUAGCAUUAAAUUAGAUUGUGUUCUAUAAAAUUAAAAGAACUAAAUAGGUAGGGCAAAAUGUUCUGUUUAAAGUUUCAAGGUUUUUUUUUCAUGGCUAAGAAAACAGUAUUCUUAAACUGAAAUUCAUCUGAUUAACUUCAUUUUACUACAAACUGGGAUUGUAGGGGUAGCCUGUGUUUUUUGUGUGUAUUUCUAAGGAUUGUGCAAACCAUAGGAGCCUGUUUUAUGAGCCUUUGUAGCAGGUUCUGGCCUUUGUGAUGAUAUGGACUGUUUUCUAGUUCUCUCACCUCUGCUGGGCAGGGACACCAGAGUGCUAUUUGCAUUGUGGAAAUGCUUGGCUGGCUGGAGAGCAUCUCUUGGUAUCUUGUCUGCAUCUCAUCACCUGAUAUAAAAAUACAGCACUUGAUGGUAAACAGACCAAAAUGAUUGUACCUGCUGAUGAAGUCAUGAACAUGAAGAAAGGGAAGUAUUUUUUUCAAUGACUUGCAGGGUUUUUUUUUUCCUUUAGUAGUAUCUUCAGACAUUAGACAAACCAAACUUUUAACUGGUAGGUUUCAUCAUUCCUCCUGCUUUGGUUCUGAGUUUCUAAGGAAGAUCAGACAAAAUAAUAGAUUUCAGUGUUGAAAUUUGACAAGUCAACUGUUUGGACACUGAAUUGUGAGUGAGUCAGUUUUGUAACCGUGUGUAUAAAACACUGUGACGUGUUUCUCAGCUUUGCCUCGUGCCACUGUAUGUAAGAAGGGACAGCUGUGUUGGUCUUCCUCAGCGUUGCCGUCAUCUGGUCAUCUGAAACGUGAGCACAGUCUUAUACACCUCCCAGUGGUUUGCAUACUGAAGUGCCUGCAGAACUGCAGCUGUUCACCAGCAACCACAGAUGCGGUCACAGUGUCAUGGAAACUCCUUACAAGUCUCUGCUCUCAGUGUUAAAUAACAUCUACAGAAGCAGCUUUGAUUUGGAGCAGAUUCUAGAAAAUGUGAAUUAAAGUACAUGUUUCUGCA